AGGUCAUGACGGUGGCAGACUAUCUCAAUGCAGAAGUCUCAGAAUGGAACCUCUUCUUCGCUGACAUGGCCUACUCUUUGCAGAGAGACGUGUGGCAUGCCCUGCGUGAGGCAGGAAAUCUGCCGUUGGAGGCGGAAGGCUUUGAUGCCCGGCCUAUCCUCUCCGUGGGGGUCAAGGCAUCCUCCACCCGAAGUCAUCAGCAUGCAGAGACCUACCAGCUGCUGCUCAGUGGCCUGAAGGCCUGGUGGCUGGCCAAACCUGGGUUCGAGUUGGACAAGGCUCUGGGGGAUCCCUGCGAGGCACUGGCCACAGCAGCAGGUGAGUCGCCUGCCAGAGCAGCCCACGAGCUUCCAGAGGAGCCAUGGCUUUGUAUUCAGCAGGUGGGUGAGGCUGUGUACUUUGGCGACCACUUCCCACAUGCAACCUGCAACCUGGAAGCCUUUGUUUUGGGUUUCGGUGCUCAGGGCUUGUCUCAUGGAUGGCCAGCACUGCACCGAGCGGCGCACAGCAACGACUUAGAUGUCCUGCAGCGGCUGGUGGAGGAGGGCAUGAAGCUGAACCAACGGCACGACCAGGUGACCCCGUUGCACCGCGCGGUGACCAAGGGCCAUCUGGCUGCGGUUCAACGCUUGGUGGCGGCUGGGGCCAAGCUGCUGAAGGAUCGAGAAGGAAAAAGUCCCGGGACCAUGGCAGCCGAGCGGGGAGACCUGCCCAUGUUGCGAUUUUUGGCGGAAGCACAACCUUUGAAGCAACAGGAGGCAGGACAGGCCUUGAUCUGGGCCGCCCUCUCAGGCCAUGUGCCGGUCAUGGAGUUCCUCUUGUCCCAAAAAGCAUCAGUCCAUGCAACCGAUGAGCGAGGUUUACAACCGAUCCACUUUGCAGCCCUGGAAAGCGAUGUGAGCACCGUCGCCUUCUUGGUUCAGCAUGGCGCCAACGUAUCAGCUACGGGCCUUGGCGCCGAACGCCCCAUCCAUUGGGCUGCAGGUGUCGGCCAUGCACCCAUCAUCGACUACCUCCUGGCGCAGCGCGCAGACUGCUCCGCUGCCGAUGCCCGCGGCGCCCUUGCGCUGCACUUUGCCGCGGCACAGGAUCGACUAGAGGCAGCCCAAAGAUUGGCUGCCUGCCACUUGGCCCCUGGUGCCCUGCAGGCGGCUGCUUCCAAGGGUCACAGGCGUUUGGUCAGGAUGCUACUGAAGGCCGGUGCACAGCCAGAUGCGCAGGUGGAGGAGAUGCUCCUGCACUCGACCGAGCUCUGACAGAAAGAAACAGACUGUUGAUGCAGGGACCGAAAGAAUUCUUGUAAUGUGGUAACCCCA